GCCUGCCUAGCACAAACAGCGGUCGGGAGAGUAAAUACAGAGAGCCCCAAGAUGGCGGAGUCACUGAGCUUCAUUCACUUUGGUGCAGCGACCAAAAGCCCGCUCGCCAAAUCUAAAGAACCGAAACUAGCGUCGGACACCCGGCCGCCGUCUUCCCGGGACAUUCACCCGCCGCCGUCCAAGCGAGUCCGAAACGACGAGAAGAGCCUUAAACCUAAGAAACUAAAUGGGGAAGGAGGUGCAGGGGGAGGUGGCGGCGCAGUGGAGAAGCAGCACCAGAAGCAGAGUUCAGGCAUCCCGACAACAUGGAGCUUCAGCCCCGUCAAGGCGAGCAGCAACCCCUCGGCGCCCCUCCAGCCUCCCAUUCACACAGUGUUCAAGCAGAGCGCUUUCCUCGCCUCCCAUACCAAACCACCAUCCAAAAAGACCAAGGAAAAACGAGAGAAAGAGAAGGAUUUCAAGGAAAAGAAGAAACAUAAACCAAUCCCUGGUACUCCUGGAAAUAUUAGCGGCAGUCUGAGUAACGUCACUACUGUAAUGAAGAAGGAGAACGGGGAGAUGAAGUUGUUGCAAAAAGACCACAGCAGUAAGGACAAGACGAAGAAGAAGAAGAAACACAAAGUGAUGAAUGAGAUCAAGAGGGAGAACGGAGAGGUGAAGCUCCUUCAGAAAGGUAUGUUGAUAAUGAUGUGACAUGGUUGUU